AUGAAUAAAGAAAAGCAAUAUUCCCUAAAAUAUGGAAGGUUGCUGAAACAGCUUUUUUUAGAAUUGGUAAAUUUCACCGACUUAUUAUAAUCAAACUAUUAUUUUAUUAAUUAAGCAACUUGUACUUGUUCAAGAAGAGAAUUGAAGCUAAAUAAAUAUUAGGAUGCAACUCUAUAUACAGCUAAUGAAUUUAUGUAAGUUUAUUCUUGUUGCUGAAUAUUUUGGCACAAGUAAGGUUCUUUCUGAUAUUAUUGAUAAUAGACCUUCCACUUCAGCUUUAACUUUAUCAACAAUCAAAUUAGAUAUUGGAUUUAUUAAUUUAUAUUUAGAAUUGACUUGUACUGAUACAAAUUUAUACGUUGUUUAUAAAAUAUCAUAGGUAUCUAUUUGAUAAAAGUGCUAUCACUAUUAAUAUUGUCAAAUAAGGCGUUACAACUAUUACAUGUGCUAUUGAUACAAAAACAUGGAAAUACUGUAACAUAAAUUACCUUAACAAAUACAAGAAUCAUAAUGAACAUAGUAUAUGUGUUGAUAAAUCAGAAAUUCAAUGAAAAUUAUAUAUUGAAUAAGGAACACCAUGCAAAUAUAAAUCUGGUUGAUUGA